CGGGCAUUUCGAAAAUAUUAUCUCUCUGCAUUAGAAAACUUGAAGUAUUACUUCUUUUUUGUUUAUUGAACAUCUUACAAGAUUGGCAUACACACACUGGAUUUUCCGCAUAUGUCGUUAGAUCUUCCAAUUGAAAAUCUUCUUAAAUGGUUGAGAACGUUUAACACAGCGGCAAGUGUUCACUCCAUACAUGAUAUCUCGGAUGGUAUUAUAUUGGCUAAAGUUCUACAUUCAAUUGCUCCCAAUCACUUCACUGAGGAAUGGUUACAAAAAUUCAAUUACGAAGCUGGAAUUAAUUGGCGACUCAAGGUCAGUAAUCUGAAGAAAGUACUGAAGGCUGUUAUUGAUUUUUUAACUGAGGAAAUUGAAGACAGAAUAUCUGUUCAUUUGUUACCUAAUCUUCAAGAAAUUGCUGAACAUGAAGAUAACGAGUCAACCUUUCGUCUGUUACAACUUAUUCUUGGUUGUGCUGUCAACUGUGAUAAUAAAGAAACGUAUAUCCAAAUCAUCAUGUGUAUGGAAGAAUCAGUACAACAAGCAUUAAUGGAGGCGAUACAACAAUUGAUGUCAUCUCGUCUUGGCGGUGUCAGUGGUCUAAGCAGUAUGAGUAGUGCUAGUAGUAGUGAUCAUGGAGGAGGAGCAGCGGCAGCAGCAGCAGGGGGAUUAGGAGUGGCAAGCGGUGGAUUAAUCGAUUAUGAAGAUCGAUUAUGUAAAGCAGCUGAACAAUACAAAACCUUAUUGAUUGAAAAGGAACAAUUAGCUGAACAAUGUAACGCGUUAAAGAUUGAAGUGUUCAAUUUACAAGAGGAGAAAUCAACUCUACAAUCAGAAUUAAAUCAACUUAAAGUUCAAUUGAAUUCUCUGGGUUACAACCAUCAAUUAUUGACAACAGAAUCAUCAUUGUCAACAACAACAACGAUAACUCCAUCACAAUCACAAUCAACACCUUCCUCCAUAGAACCACUUCCGAUUACUUUGAAUCCUAUAGAUACAAAUAAUGUUAUUAUGAGUCCGACGAUAGCUAACGUGCGUAUUGGUCAUUUACAAAAUCAACUAUCAAAAUUACGUGAUGAAUUAUACAGAACUGAAUGCGAUAAAGAAGAACUCAAGAUUAAGCUGACUGAAAUGACUACACGAAAUCAAGAAUUAAAACAAAAAUGUUCCAUCCUUGCUGCUAAAGCUGAAGAAAGUGUCCAUUUAAAAGAUGAAUUAGAUAUAGCUCGUGAAGAGGCGUCGAAUGCUCUCCGCCUAUCAGCUACAAUUGAACAAUUACGUAAACAUGCUGAUGAGGCAGUCAGCCUGCGUGCACGUUGUUCCCAGCUAGAAACCGAUAAUCAAGUGUGUAUGCAACGAUUGGCUGAAUUAGAACAAGAAACUCGAUUGGGUGGGAAGAUUCGUUCUCAAGUGAAAGCACAACGUUUGCAAGCUGAAGAUGCCCAGCUGGAGGCUAGUGAAGCUAUCAGACGAGCAGAAUUAGCUGAACAAGAGUUGAAUAAGAUUAGACAAGAAUUGAUAGCGACAAAUCGUGAAAAAGAGUGUAUCUUCUCAGAACUAACCCGUCUUCGAUCGUGUUGUGAAGGUCUUCAAUCAUGUGCACAAUUAUCGAAUUAUGGUACACCUGUGAAUAACGACCAUAAUAAAACUAGUCAACUCGAUUCUAGUUCAAUCCUAUCGCCUGCAAUGCAAUCACAAAUGUUAAAUCUACAAGAAGAACUUAGUCGUCUGCGUACAUCAAUGUAUAGUAUGGAAAGUGGUAGCAUUCAUGGUGGGAGUGGAGUUGAUGAUAGUGGUGGUGGUGGUGGUGUCGGUGAAGACGAUGCUGAUUAUAUUGGUGAUGAUGAUGAUGAUAAAUUGGCGUUCGAGUCGUCGAAUUUAUUGAUUUGUCAGUCACCACCAGCAUCAGAUAUGCUUGUAACAAGUACUAGCAAUACAUCACGAGCACAGAAUCGUCAUCAUCUGACGACAGCAACAGCAACAGAUUGUGCCUUAUCCAUAGCCGCCUCUGAUGUCAUCCAGUCGGCGAAAAAAGGGGACACUGAUGUUGUAGAUGAACAACAAGAACAACUACAAGAGGCGUACAACAACCUGUUGACACGAUUAACACAGAAGGAGAGCGAUUUCAUUGAAAUGGAACAAAAGUAUCGUGGGUAUUUAUGGAAAGCGCGUGAAGUUAUCCGUCUCCUUGAACGUCAACAUCGUAUCCACCAGGAUAUUUGUCCAGAGUAUAGAAAGAAGAGUUUUUCAUUGAAACAACAAGAGAAUAGUAGUAAUGAGAAUAAUAAUAAUAUCGUUGACAGUGAUAGUGAUAAUAAUAAUAAUAAUAGUAACAAUAACAGCCGUAAAUACGAUGAAGAGAUUAGUCAUCUACGCAGUUUAUUAGUUGAAAAAGAACGUGUUAUUGAAAAGUUGGAAACUCAUCAUGAACAAAUGCGACGUCAUCGUGAAGCUGAAGAACGUCUCCUUUUGACAGCUUGGUACAACUUAAUCAUUCAGUCAACACAGAACACAGUUGAAGAUGGUUUAAAACAACAGUCAUGUGAAAAUUGUAAUUAUCCUAUCAAAUCUCCAAGAACAACAACAUCGAAGUCGAAUCAUACAAAAUCAUCCACUGCCGAGAAUAAUCUCUCCUUCUUAGCUAGACAACGAAAUGUCCAUUUGAAGCCACCGAAAGAUUUAACUUCAGUGGUAAUGUCCAGUAGAUAA